GGAUAUAUCACUGUGCAUUGGAGACGAUGUCUGUCUGCUUUCCCCCCUCUCCCAUCUCGAUAACCUGAAUCUUUGCCGGAUGUGCUACAACUACUCCAGCUGUCACUGCACUGGCUGCCUCUCUCUCGGUCCUCCCCUGCCCUGCGAAUACUGCUCCAGAGGCUGGACGGCACCCUGGCACCCGGCAAAUUCAUGGAUGAGCAACGGAUCUACAGGGGAUCUGAGCUUCCUUGUCCUUUUCACCUUUGAUCUGUUUUCCAAGGAAAUAUGGUGAGCAAAGAGGACACCACAUGCAUUGUUUUGUCAAAUUCAGAUGAUUCAGACUCAGAGGAGGGACCUUCACACACGUCGCACUCUGGACCAGAUUCAAGCGGGCAAGAGGUGAAAAAGAGAAACAAAGCCUUACAAGUACGUUUCAAAGAUAUCUGUGAAGCUCAGAAAGAGCAGCGGGGAAGACAUUCAAGGUCUAUUUCCUGCAAGGUAACGCAUAGAAAGUACAUGACCAUGCCGGCUAGGCGCUCAAUUCCAAAUGUAACCAGGAGCACUGGUGUCCAGACCUCACCAGACCUCACUAAGCGAUACAAAACAUUUCCUUUCGAGAGGAAAAAAGGACACACAUUUAAACAUACAGCCAUGGUAGAAGAUUACAGACGACAAAACAAUGGUUUUUUGAGUGACAUAAAGACAGGGGGAGACGAUGGGGAGCAGGUUGGAGAAUCCUCCAAGUAUAAGGGUAAGAUUAUAGGACAGACAAAAGCCCUGCUUCAUCACAUGGAUGACAGCAGCAGCACAGAGGAUUUGCUGUCGAGUGCCAACUGUGUGGAUGGAUCUUCAUAUCCAGACUCCUCACGUUUUACAGAAGAGGGACAUUCGAGUGAGCAAUCUUCUAAAAAUGAACCAGAGUACCAAGUGUGUGGGAAGUGGACUAAACAUAAAGGAUUACUCAAAGACAACACUGACCCUGGUUCAUCCUCAAAGCGCCAGCUGGGGGGCUCUGAGUUCUCAGAACACAAGCCAAAGAGCACUGGCCCUGUAGCGUGGAACUCUUUGACACAAGUGGAGGCCAUAGGUAGUCCCUCGGUGAGCUGUAAACGGAAAAAGGGUGCACAGCUAAAUGAGCGGCAGUCUCAGACUUUUCCUCAUAGUGUUAAAUGCUCUGUGCAGUCGCAAGGGCAGUGUCGGACGAGGCAUGCGUCAGCCUCCUCUAAACUGCAGAGAACUGCUGAGGGGGAUGAGAGCUUUCCACCAGGAGGCAUACAAGCUCCAGGCUUGGGGAGCAGCCAGCAGAUAAUACCCUUAUCUGGAGACAAGGAUAUGAAAGCACAGCUGCAGGCCAUGGAGAAUCUCAUCAGCUCAAGCCAGGAGACCAUCAAGGUUCUUCUUGGAGUUAUUCAGGAGUUGGAGAAAGGAGAAGCACAGAGGGAAGGGCUCUCAUACAGAACGGGACAAGACACAGCCAACUGUGACACGUGUCGAAACAGCGCCUGCAUCAUUUACAGUGUGGAGCUGGACUUUAAGCAACAGGAGGAUAAGCUACAGCCCUUGAUGAAGAGACUUUGCCCCAUGGACAGUCGACAGUGCCCUGCUCUGCCUUAUUCCAACGAAGUGUUCACCUCCACCCCAAAGCGCAAGUCCAAGUCAGAAUCCAAGAAGCAUGCUCGCUGGAAACUUUGGUUCCUUUGAAUAAAAUGUAAAGCCUUUGAAGAAAAAAGCCAUCUUUUUUGGGGCACAUCAACAUCUCCAGUUAUUCAUGGAGCACUUAAAGGAAUAGCCAGAUGGAGGACCAACAAGCAGCGUGAAUGGAUGCUGUCGGACACCAGUUGACAUAAGGCUUUGAACGUAGACUGUCACAUCAGCUGGGGGAGAGCAGAGACACAAAAUGUUUUCAUUUCAGUCUAAUCUUUUUUGACACAUUUGCUGGACAUUAUUGGCAGCUUCAAACUCUAGAGCCAUUUGCUUUGCGUCAAGUGGAGGAGACAUGCAGAGGGGUCCUGUCUGAAGGAAGCUGUAGCCUUUGAUUGGACAUCAACUCCACUUCCAGUAGAGCACAGAUAUUUGAAGAAGAGGAGAAACAUAAAAACACUGUCAGUACAGUAACCACCAGAGAAUCAGCACUGUUAUUGUAACUCUGUACUAUCCUCUCCCUUUCUGCCAUGUUUGUCGACAUGCUACUCACCUUUCGCCCCUGGCUGAACAUCUGCUUAGCAUAGUUAAUACAUUGUCACUCUCUGUGUAUCCUUUAUUUUGUUUCUUUGUUUCCAAUGUAUCUUUUUGUGCAGCCAGUUUCACCCAUCCACUUGUGAUUACUGAUCUGAUUGACUCCUAAUGUUCCCAAUCUAUAUUUUAGGAAAAUAAUAACCAUUUUUUUCUAACAAAGUACUGUGAAAUCUUACAGCCUAAUACUUGGGAAUCUCUUGAUAAAGCAGGUAUAAUAUUUUAAAGUAUAGAACAAGUAUUCUCAAGUUUAUUCUUGUUUUUUAUCAAUAUGGGCAAUGUUUGAAUAUUUCUUCAGUAUUUUGUAUAAAAACAAAAAGUUGAAACAAUUGUUUUUUUGUUGUUUUUUUUAUUUUAAAGUAAAUUAUAUUUUGACAUUUCUCUCAAAGUCAAGUAAGAGUUUGCCUUGCCUCUCUGUCACUUGACAUGUCGCAGUGGAGCUCUGACAAAAAGUAGCAAAAUCAGUCUUGUUUAAUGUCCAUCUAAUGCUUCCAGAGAUGUUUUGUGUCUUUGAUCUACCUUGUCAUUCUGCUGCAAGCCCCAUCAGGCAACUCUGCUUAUUCAGGAAGCACCCAAAACAACUGUGCACUGAACUUGCAGCAAAAGCAGAAGGGCUAUAUAGAUAUAUAUACAGAGCUAAAUGAAUAUAAUGGUAAUCCAUAAGUGAAAAAAACACUUUGUAACCACCAGCUUGGGUCACAUAAAUGAAGAAAUGAAACACUCAUGAUGUAGCAGUGACACGGAACUUGUUACAAAGCGGGUAUUUAGUGAUGUUUUACUCUGGCUUUACAACUGUAACCCCCCCAAGUGUAUGUUUUAAAAUGUACAAGAAAUGUCCGAAAUACAAACCGGCCUCCCGUCAUGAAACAACAUAAAACACCUUCCACAUUUAUUAGUACCCCAGAUAAAGAUGUGCAGAAAGCCUUAGAAAAUUCCCUUCUUUGCAAAUACGCUCCUUAUUGUAUGUUUUCACUCUGGAUGCACAUAUUAGCAAGUCCAGUUGAAAUGUUGUUACUUUUUAAAAUAGUUUCUCAUUUUGUGAAGAUCAACAGACUUCUGUGUCACUUACAUUACAUAUUCACUCAUCCUUCCCAUUUUGAAGAGUGGUUAGGAGUCACUUUAUAUAUGUUAAGGUUACACAAGAUAUCAUGGAAUAGUUAGUUGUAAGACUUGCAAAGCUCUGAUCAGUUUUAAAAUGCUAAGUUAUAAAUAAACAAAAAUACAUAAAGUAUAUUUAUUUUUAUAGAAAUAAAUAAAUGUGGAUUUCAU